AUGGUGCUCCUCAAGAUGAAGGAAACCGCCGAAGCCUUCCUGGGACAGACGGUCACGGAUGCCAUCGUCACCGUCCCGGUUUACUUCAAUGACUCUCAACGACGGGCCACCAAGGAUGCCGGCACCAUUGCUGGAUUGAACGUGCUCCGAAUCAUCAAUGAGCCCAUUGCUGCCGCCAUCGCUUAUGGAUUGGACAAGAAGGCCGCUGGCGAGCGAAAUGUUCUCAUCUUCGAUCUUGGAGGCGGUACCUUCGAUGUGUCGAUCUUUACCAUUGAAGAUGGAAUCUUCGAAGUCAAGUCUACGGCUGGAGACACUCAUCUUGGAGGAGAGGACUUUGACAACCGAAUGGAGCUGCUCUCCGACUUCUUCUCUGGCAAGGAACUCAAGAAAUCGGUCAAUCCCGAUGAGGCUGUUGCUUAUGGGGCUGCUGUUCAGAUGGGUCGUGCUUACGGAAUUGAGCACUUGAGCCCGGCUGUCUUUUCCCGCCGAUGG